AACAAAGAGCUGACACAGCUUUUACCACAGUCUCUUCCGUUCACCUGCAGAGUCCAGCUGCCGUUGGAGCGUUCCUACAAGCAAAAAGCAAAUAUCCCCGAAGCUAAAAUCCGUCUAGCCUGCACAAAGAGCAGAUCUAAUUCCCGAAAAAAGAACAAAAAAAAAAGACAAGGCUGCAAGACAGAGAAGACGAGAGUGACCGAGCAGACAGAGCGGUUUGGGGAGUUUUUUUUUUCUUCUUUUCUCGGGGCGCACCUGGCCGAGGCGGGAGAGACCAUGUCCCUGCAGGUGAAGGAGAAGACGCACGUGCGCCUCGUGUUUUUGGGGGCCGCGGGCGUGGGCAAAACCGCCCUGAUCCGCCGCUUCCUGCAGGACACCUUCGAGACCAAGCACCGUCGCACGGUGGAGGAGCUCCACAGCAAGGAGUACGACAUCAGCGGCGUCAAGGUGACCAUCGAGAUCAUGGACACCAGCGGCAGCUACUCCUUCCCGGCCAUGCGGAAGCUCUCCAUCCAGAACAGCGACGCCUUCGCCCUGGUAUACGCCAUCGACGACCCCGGGUCCCUGGAGGCGGUCAAGAGCCUGCGGGACGAGAUCCUGGAGGUGAAGGAGGACAAGUUCACGCCCAUCGUGGUGGUGGGGAACAAGACGGACCGGGAGGGCGAGCGGCAGGUGUCCAGCGACGACGUGCUCUCCACCGUGGAGCUGGACUGGAACAACAGCUUCCUGGAGGCGUCGGCCAAGGAGAACGAGAACGUGCUGGAGCUCUUCCGGGAGCUCCUGCAGCAGGCCAACCUGCCCAGCUGCCUCAGCCCGGCCCUGCGCAGGCGGCGGGAGACCUUCCCCAAGGACAGCGGCGUCCGGCCCCCCAUGAACAAGACCAACAGCUGCUCCGUCUCCUAGAGACGGAGGGAGAGGACGCGGAGAGGCACGCCGUCGUUUCCACGCUUCGCACAGUGCCACUGCCACACGCCUGGGGGUGAGAGAGAGAGAGAGAGAGGGGGACAGGGUGAGAGAGAGAGUAGGAGAGAGAGUGGGAGAGAGAGAGAGAGUGAGCGUGAGAGAGAGAGAGAGAGAGAGAGAGAGAGACCUCCAUCCAUUUAAACCUUCAUAGGCAUUUUGUGCAGGAGAAGGACAAUGACUGUGGUUAAUGGCAGUAGAGAGCCAAAUGAGGGGACACAGGAAAAACAGUGAACACAUGUACAGGAGACUGUUUUGGGGUGGC